UGUCGAAAAAACUCAUCUCGAUUCACUCGUUUAUAGUAUUUUCUACAACACAAACUUCCCGAAUUAGAGCAUUCAUGAUUUAAUUGGUCUAUAACCUAGUGAAUUUUUCCGUUUUUAUAAAUUUGCAUUACGUUGCAUGGCAUACAGUCGACAUCGCUCGCAUGAAUGAAAGCUUAAGUCGACGUCAUGCAAAGUCAAAAUUAAGUUGAGGUUAUGUUAGGACAGCUUUAUGCUCGUUUUAACCCCUCUUAAAAUUGAGACAGGGUUGCACAUGGAUUAUUGACAGAUCUUACGUGACUUUUUACUAUUCUAAACUUAUUCUGCUGAUUUAAUUAGAAGGAAGAUUGAUUGUUUUGAAAGUCUGCUUAUUUAAGCAACUAUGGUGUUGUCGUGCCGAUUUUAUAAAGAAAAAUAUCCAGAGGUGGAAGAUGUGGUGAUGGUGAAUGUUCGUAGUAUAGCUGAGAUGGGUGCAUAUGUGCAUCUACUGGAGUAUAACAAUAUCGAGGGCAUGAUCCUAUUGUCUGAACUGUCCAGGAGACGUAUUAGAUCUAUUAACAAACUUAUUCGAGUAGGCAAGACCGAACCGGUCGUCGUUAUUCGAGUAGAUAAAGAAAAAGGUUACAUUGAUUUGAGCAAACGUCGUGUGUCUGCCGAGGAUGUGGAGAAGUGUACGGAGAGAUACGCUAAAGCUAAAGCCGUUAAUUCAAUCUUAAGACAUGUGGCAGAAUUGUUGCAUUAUGACAGUGAUGACCAGCUAGAGGAACUAUAUCAGAAAACAGCCUGGCACUUUGAAGAGAAAUACAAGAAACAAAAAGCAUCCGCUUAUGAUUUUUUCAAACAAUCAGUAUUGGAUCCCUCCAUUUUAGCAGAGUGUGGCCUAGAUGAGCAUACGAAAGAGGUAUUGCUAAACAACAUCAAACGGAAACUCACUUCGCAGGCGGUCAAAAUUAGAGCGGACGUCGAAGUGGCAUGUUACGGCUACGAAGGGAUUGAUGCUGUGAAAACUGCGCUAAAGGCUGGCUUAGCUCUCUCCACUGAUGAACUUCCCAUAAAAAUUAAUUUAAUUGCUCCUCCUUUAUAUGUUAUGACAACAUCUACACCAGAAAAACAGGAUGGUUUGAAAGCGCUAGGUGAUGCAAUCGAAGUCAUUCAGAAUAAGAUAACAUCGCUCGGCGGUGUAUUUAACGUUCAAAUGGCACCGAAGGUUGUUACUGCAACGGAUGAAGCAGAAUUGGCGCGACAAAUGGAACGAGCAGAACUCGAAAAUGCGGAAGUUGCUGGCGAUGACGAUGAAGAGGAAGUAGAGGGAAUGGAGGGUGAUUUCAGCGGCGGCGAAGGAACGGAGCAGAAUAAUAAAGGAACUGAAUUGAAUGAUAAAGAUGCUGAGCAUAAUGACAAAGACGAAAAUGUGUCUGAAGAGGAAAAUUGAAUUUAGACAUAUUUGAAUAAAAUACACAUUCUCGAUAAACUGAUAAAUAUUCGCAGGUUCUUUUAUUAUAACUAGGCUUUGAUAAGGCAUUUUACUGGCAUUUUGUUGAAUGUGCUGGUUCUUUAAAAAUAUAUAUAUAUAUACAUAUAUAUAUUAAAUAUAAAAGUGCAAAAAUCAAUAUAUUGUAAUUUAUGGAAGUAAAAUUUUCUACUAAUUUGGUAUAUAAUUGAUUUAAAGAUAAGUAUUUUUAUCUUUAAUAAAAAGAACUUCAAACAU